AUGGAGAAGCAAGGGCCAGGCACUCUGCGGAUAAGGCAAGUCCUGCUUCUCUUUGUUUUUCUGGGAAUAUCUCAGGCAGGCUCUGAGCCAGGGCGCUUUUCUGUGGCAGAGGAAAUGCAGAGCGGGAGCUUUGUAGGCAAUUUUGCAAAGGACUUGGGACUGGAGGUGGGGGAGCUAUCUUCACGGGAGGCUCGGGUGGUCUCUAAAGACAACAAACAACAUUUGCAGCUGAACAGAAAUACCGGAGAUUUGCUCCUAAGCGAAACACUAGAUCGGGAGGAGCUCUGUGGCUCCACCCAGCUGUGUGUGCUGCAUUUGCAGGUGUUAAUGCAAAACCCCUUGCAGUUUUUUAGAAUUGAGCUCGAGGUCACGGAUAUAAAUGACCACGCUCCCGUUUUUCUGGAAAAAGAAAUGCUCCUAGAAAUCCCAGAGAAUAGUCCCGUCGGUACUGUGUUCUUAUUAGAAAGUGCGAAGGAUUUUGACGUGGGAAUCAACACUCUGAAAAACUACACAAUCAGCUCCAACUCUAAUUUCCACGUUAAAAUGAGAGUCAAUCCAGACAAUAGGAAAUACCCAGAGUUGGUUUUGGACAAGUCACUGGAUUACGAAGAGCAGCCUGAGUUCAGUUUCAUCCUCACUGCUUUAGACGGUGGAUCUCCGCCCAGAUCUGGGACUGCGUUGGUUCGGAUAGUGGUUGUGGAUAUUAAUGACAACUCCCCUGAAUUUGAACAGCCCUUUUAUGAAGUGAAGAUUCCAGAGAAUAGCAUCUUAGGCUCACAGCUUGUGACUGUCUCAGCUUGGGAUUUAGAUUCAGGAACAAAUGGGGAAAUAUCAUACACUUUUUCUCAUGCCGCAGAAGAUAUUUACAAGACAUUUGAAAUUAAUCAGAAGUCUGGAGAAAUUAGUCUCACAGCACUCUUGGAUUUUGAAACAACUGAAUCAUAUUCAGUAAUUGUUCAAGCCACAGAUGGAGGUGGCCUUUUUGGAAAAACAACAGUGAGAAUUCAGGUGAUGGAUGUGAAUGACAAUGCUCCCCAAGUCACUGUAUCAUCAAUUACCAGUUCAGUCCCGGAAAAUUCUCCUGAAACUGUGGUUAUGGUGUUCAGUAUCCUAGAUAGAGAUUCCGGGGACAACGGGAAAAUGAUUUGUUCUAUCCCGGAAGACCUCCCAUUUAUGCUAAAACCUACCAUUGAGAAUUACUACACAUUGGAAACGGAGAGAACACUGGACAGAGAAAGCUUAGCGGAGUAUAACAUCACCAUCACUGUCUCAGACUUGGGCAACCCCAGACUCAAAACCCAGCACAACAUAAUCUUGUCGGUGUCAGACGUCAAUGACAACGCACCGACCUUCACCCAAAGCUCCUACACCCUUUUCAUCCAGGAGAACAACAGCCCCGCCCUGCACUUCGGCAGCAUCAGCGCCACAGACAAAGAUUCAGGAACCAACGCUCAAGUCACCUACUCGCUGCUGCCUUCCCAAGAGCCGCAUCUUCCACUGGCCUCCUUGGUCUCCAUCAACGCGGACAAAGGGCACCUGUUCGCUCUGAGGUCGCUGGAUUACGAGGCCCUGCGAGCUUUCGAGUUCCGCGUGGGCGCGGUCGACGCUGGCUCCCCGACGCUGAGCAGCGAGGCCCUGGUGCGCGUGGUGAUCGUGGACGAAAAUGACAACUCGCCCUUCGUGCUGUACCCGCUGCAGAACGGCUCUGCGCCCUGCACUGAACUAGUGCCCAGAGCGGCCGAGGCGGGCUACCUGGUGACCAAGGUGGUAGCAGUGGACAGUGACUCAGGCCAGAACGCUUGGUUGUCCUACCAGCUGCUCAAGGCCACGGAGCCCGGGCUGUUCAACGUGUGGGCGCACAAUGGCGAGGUGCGCACCGCCAGGCUGCUGAGCGAGCGCGACGCGACCAAGCACAGACUCGUCGUGCUGGUGAAGGACAAUGGUGAGCCGUCAAUGUCGGCCACCGUUACGCUGAACUUGCUCCUGGUGGACGGCUUUUCACAGCCUUACCUGCCGCUGCCGAAGUUGGCCCCAGACGAGUCCCAGGCUGACUCGCUCACCAUCUAUUUGGUCAUUGCGUUGGCGUCAGUCUCCUCGGUCUUCCUGUUCUCUGUGCUCCUGUUUGUCGCUUUGCGGCUGUGCAGGAGGAAUAGGGCAGCCUCGAUGGGUCGCUACUCGGUGCCUGAGGGCCGCAUUCCAGACCAUUGGGUCGACAUUAGCGGCACAGAGACUUUGUCUCAGAGGUUCCUCUAUGAGGCGUUUCUGAUGGGCGGUUCAGGGACAAAUGAAGUGAAGUUCUUGAAGCCGGUUAUCCCCAACUUCCCACCCCACGACCCUGGAAAAGAAAUAGAGGAAAACCCUUCCUUCCGCAAUAGCUUUGGAUUCAAUGUUCAGUAA